AUGGAAUUAGGCACGUACCUGCGACGAAACUUCGUGUCGAUGGUGUACCUGCUGCUGCUAGCUGUGUCGCCCCUCGUCAAGCUUCCGUCCGGCGCGAGGAGAGGAGCCACGGAGGCGUACGUGCUGGUGGUCGUGGCGUGCAGCGCGCUGAUGCUGGUGGGCCACGCGGCCUUCCACGCCGCGUUGUUCGUCGUCCAGCCCGACAGCAGCUUGCUCGUCGACUGCGGAGGCCUGGAGACGCUGCUGCGGCACGCGGGGUUCAUGAGGCUGGACCGCCUGGCGCGGGCCGACGCGGCGCGGGCCGUUCUGCCAGACGCGGCCGUGCUGGGCGUCGCCGUCGCCACGUACCUGGCCCUGCGCCGCGCCGCGCCCCGCGAGCGCCGCGCCCGCCCGUCGCCCGUCCUGCUGUUCGCAGGCAAGUACCUGUCGCUGGCCGUGCUGGCGUGCGCGGCGGCCAUCCAGCCGUCCCUGCCGGGCGCCGUGUACCUGCUGGUGCUGGUGGUGGCCAUGAACUGGUGGGCGUGCGGCCGGGAGCUGCGACAGCCCUUCGCCCGCGCCCUGCGGCUGGCGCAGUGGACGAUGCUGCUGCAGCUGUGCGGCAUCGUGGCCGUGCAGUGGCAGUAUGCGCAGGACGCCGCGGGGGACAUAGACAACCUGUACUUCCGGCUGUUCGGGCUGACGGUGCUGGCGACGACGAGCUGCGACAACCCCCAGGCGGACCGCCUGAUGUACGCGGACUGGGACUACUACGCCACGCCCGCGGUGCUGCUGCUGGGCUUCAACGUGCUGGCCGCCACCUCGCGGCUGCUUCUGCGCGCCAGCUCGUGGGACAGCGGAUCGGAGCAGCCGCAGUCGGCAGGAAGCGACUCCGUGGCCAUCGACGUGGAGGGAGGUGACGCGGGCGGAGGCGCGGCGAGGGACGCCGCGCCCAGCCGUGCCGAGGACGUGAUGGACAGCUUGAAGAACAUCCUGCUGCGCGACUCGUACCUCAUCGCCAGCGUCGCCAUGAUGGUGUGGAGCAUCACGCACCACAGCCUGGUGGCGCUGGUGCUGCUGGUGUGGGCGUGCCUGGCCUGGAUCGUGCCCCCCAGCCCGCGCACCAACAUGCUGCGCACCUCGCCGCUGCUGGUCGCCUACGCCCACCUGCUGCUUGCCAUGCAGUACCUGUUCAGCCUGGACCUGGAGGACCACGAGCUGCCCCCGCGCAUCGGCCACUUCAACAUCAACCAGCUGGGCUUCGAGCGCUACCCCCCGCUUCCCCAUCGGCCACAUCCUGCUCAAGUUACUGUACACGUGCACGUUCUGGUUGGUGCUGCGCCAGUACGUGCUGCAGCGCAGCGACAGAGACGCGUCGACCGGCCGGCAGAACAGCCUGAUCGAGUCCGCCAGCUCGCUGACGCUGGUGCUCAUGUCCAAGUAUUGGAUCGUGGUGGCGGGCGCCGCGUGGUACGCCAUGAGCCUGGUCGGCUCCCAGGUCAACCUGCAGCGCGUCGGCUACAUGGCGCUCUUCCUCGUCUUCGUGCUGCUCUUCCAGAUCUCCUACCGGCUGUGGCGGCUGCUGCUGUACGCCAUGUGGCUGGUGGUUCUGCUCUACUCCCUUGUGGUGCUGCUGCUCAUCUACUCGUACCAGUUCGACCACGUGGCGGCCUUCUUCCAGCGCGACCUGGGCAUCCCGCCCCGCGUCCUGCUGGACUUGGGCCUGGAGGAGUACAACACGUCGUACUCGCUGUUCAUCCACCUGAUUGGUCCGGUGAUGUUCAUCGCUGUGUCCGUCAUCUACCUGCACGUGUACCACCCCCUCUUCCUGGCCGUCACGGACCCCUACCGCGCCUCGGAGCCCGGGGGCGGCACGGCAGCGGACGGGGCAGUCGGCGCCGGUGGCAGGAGGACUCCGGCCGGAGCGAAGAGGAGCGCUCACCAGGAAGGUGGGCGGCGUGGCGGCGCCACGACGCCGCGGUGACGGAGCUCGUCUGGAGGUUCCUGAUGCUGUACCUGGUGAAGGUGUGCCUGGUGCUGGUCGCCUACGUGUGCGUGUACGACGUGUGCCCCCUGAAGCUGGUGCUGCUGAUGGUGGUAGUCGUGGCGCUCCUGCUGGGCCGGGAGUCCCACCUGCCCGCGCUGCGCCUGGUCGCGCUCGGCGUGUCCGCGCUCGUUCUGGUGCGCACGGUGUACCAGUCCCACCUCUUCCGGCACGAGCACUUCGACGUCAUCUGCCUGGACGAUAACGGGACGGACAUAUUCGAGGACUACAACCUCAACGACGCAGAGUGGUUCGGCAUGUACAAGAUCGGCGCAGAUUUCUCGUACGGCUACAUCAUCAGGGGUUACACAGUGCUCAUCCCCGCCUUCACGCUCCUGGCGUGCGCCGUGUACCGCGUGGACUACAUCCGUGCGCGCAGGAGCGCCGCCACGGGACUGUACGACCCGCCGGUCACCGUCGUGUUCCCCGGCGUCAACCGGGCCAACGCCGACCAAGGACUCGGCAACUUCCUCAAGUUCGUCGUAAACUACGGCUUCUACAAGUUCGGCGUCGAGCUGUGCUUCGUGAUGGUGGCGGUGCUGAUGGCCGUGCGGCUGGACGUGUACGCCUGCAUGUACGGGGCGUGGCUGUGCGUGAUGGUGUACCUGCCGAGGCGCACGCUGGCGCGCGUCUGGGUGGGGUUCGUGCUCUUCACGGCCGUCGUGAUCCCCGCCCAGUACCUCAUCGCCAUCGGCAUGCCGGACAGCCUCUGCACCGUGUAUCCGUGGUACGGGUCGGACUUGCUGCUCAACAUCCAGGCGUGGUUCUACUUGCCGGGCACCACCGUGAAGCCUCCGUCGUACCGGUUCAUGUGUGACUUCCUGGUGCUGGUGCUGGCGUGCCACCAGCACCACGUGUUCCGCGCGGAGGCGCUGCUGUGCUGCGAGCGUCACGAGCACCUGAACGGGGGCUCCAACGAGGACAUCACGGACCGGCUGGACGACCCCGGCUUCCGGAACCCCAUCCCCGACUUCUUCCCCAUGUCCCAGUCGUGGCUGGACGCGACGAAGCGCGUCGGCUGCAAGGUGCUCCUGUGGCUCACCCUCGCGCUGGUCAUCCUCGCUGGCGUCAACCGCGUCAACGUGUUCUCCUUCGGCUACCUGGGGCUGGCCUUCUGGUACCUGUGGCGGGGCGAGCGGCUGUACCUGCGGCCGGCUCGGGCCGUCGUGCGUCGCUGGGGGCUGCUGCUCCUCGGCUACAACCUGGCCGUCAUGAUGCUCAAGAUGGCGCUGCAGAUCGUGGGGUGCGUGCUGGCGCGCCCCAUCAUGGACUCUGCGUGCUGGGUGGUGCAGCUGCUGGGCAUCAGCUGCCGCGUCAAGGCGUCCGCCGCCGGCCACGGUGUGAGCGAGUGCCCCGUCCCGGACGCGUUCGCGGGGCUGUGGUGGGACGCGCUGUGCUUCGCGGCGCUGAUCUUCACGCGGCGCUUCUUCGGCAGCCGCUACUUCCUGCACCUGGUGAACGACACCAAGGUCAUGAUCGCGCUCUCGGACAAGGGCGCGAAGCUGUUCACGGAGUACCACCAGAGGAAGGCCAACGAGAAGUGGGAGUGGCAGCAGGAGAACUUCAACCGCAUCCUCCGGAACAAUCGCCGGAUCGUGGAGCGCCAGAGGAGGAUCGAGGGACCUCGUUUCGCGAGGAAGAGGACCCACAUUGAAGUGAUUCAGUCCGGCGACUACUACAUGUUCGAGACCAUCGACGACAUCGAGUUUGAGGAAGAGGCGCCCCGCGACAAGAAGAUACUGUCCAAACCAAUGACGGGCGAGGCACUGCGCGAGGCCCUCCAGACGGGGCAGGACGACGCGGCAGACGACGCGGCAGACGACGCACCUCUCUUUGCGGAAGUUGCGACCUUCGACGAAAGCGGAAGGCCGGCUCGCAAAGAAACUCGGUCCCGGCCCGUCACGCUCUGGUGGCUCAUGAAGCUGUCGUGGGCGAUGGCUGGCGGCCUCAUGAACCAGCUGACCGUCGUUCUGUACCGGACGUCCUCCGACCACCUGUACGUGUUCGAGAGGCUUCAGUGGAACAAGAACAUCCUGAAGGCAGGACUCCUCUCCCUCCCUCUGACCACUACCCUGUCACCCCCUGCUUCCACACACCCGCCGUCAACUAUUGAUUCAUUCAGUUUGCAGGGCAAAAGGUUAAACUACAGCAACAGCGAGUUCCUGGCAGGGAGGCGCGACGGGGACGGCGUGUGGCGUCCGGCCAGGCCGGUCGACGAGUACCUGCGAGGAGCCAACGGGCCCCCGGAGCGCCAGGACGAUGACCCGCGCUUCUGGCUGGACGAGCGCCAGCCCCCGCCGGUGCUGCUCCUGUCGUCGCUCUACUACGUCGUCACCUGCCACUCCCAGUACGCCUGCUUCUUCUCCAUCUGGCUGAUCCAGGUUCUGUCGGCGUCGCUGCUGUCGCUGCCGCUGCCGCUCGCCGUGUUCCUGUGGGCGCUCUUCAUCGCCCCGCACCCCAACAAGCCCUUCUGGGUCGCCGUCAUCUUCUACACCGAGGUGAUCAUCGUGAUCAAGUGCGUGCUGCAGUUUGAGUUCAUCAUCCCGCUGGAGGAGCCGACGAUGGACGACCCCCCGCUCACGGCCACGCGCCUCAUCGGGGUGGACCGGUCCUCGGACUACGUGGCCUACGAGCUGGUCCUGCUGAUGAUGCUCUACUGCCACAGGUUUAUGCUGAGGUCUAUGGGACUUUGGGGCCGUGAUGAAGAACUGGAGCUAAUCAUGUACCCAAAAGUGAAUCCAGCCACGAAUCCAGGCACAAAUCCAGGCUCGAAUCCAGGAACGAAUCCAGGUUCCAAUCCAGGAACGAAUCCAGACUCCAAUCCAGGAACGAAUCCAGACUCCAAUCCAGGAACGAAUCCAGGCUCGAAUCCAGGAACGAAUCCAGGUUCCAAUCCAGGAACGAAUCCAGACUCCAAUCCAGGAACGAAUCCAGACUCCAAUCCAGGAACGAAUCCAGACUCCAAUCCAGGAACGAAUCCAGACUCCAAUCCAGGAACGAAUCCAGGCUCCAAUCCAGGAACGAAUCCAGGCUCCAAUCCAGGAACGAAUCCAGGCUCCAAUCCAGGAACGAAUCCAGGCUCCAAUCCAGGAACGAAUCCAGGCUCCAAUCCAGGAACGAAUCCAGGCUUCAAUCCAGGAAUGAAUCCAGCGAUGAAUUCCCCUGCAAAUCCAGCCGGAAAUUAUCGCCGACGGAGGGUCGGGUUCUUCCAGCGGCUGCUGAUCCCGACUCUGCGCGUGCCCAAGGACGUGUACACCUUCAUGUUCGCCUGCAGCCUCGUCAACUUCCUCAUCCUCCUGUUCGGGUUCCUGUCCUUCGGGGUGGACGACCCUGAGAGCAACCUGCUGACGCUGAUGGGGCGCAACAGGAUCCCCAUGGAGCUGCUGCUGAUCCUGCUGGUGCAGUUCCUGGUGAUCAUCGCCGACCGCAUCAUCUACCUGUGCCGCGCCGUGCGCUCCCGCGUCGCCCUGCACUUUGUCUCCGUGGUCGUCGUCCACUGGUGGCUCUUCUUCAUCCUGCCCGUCACCACCAAGAGGCCGUUCAACAGCUCGCUGUACCCGCCGAUGUUCUACAUGGUGCAGGCGGCGUACUUCGUGUUCUCGGCCUACCAGAUCCGCUGCGGCUUCCCGCUCAUCGUGCUGGGCAACGUCAUCUGCUCCAGCUACGGCGCGGUCAACUACUACCUCUUCAAAGUGUACCUGCUGGUGCCGUUCCUGAUGGAGAUGCGCGGCAUCAUGGACUGGAUGUUCACCACCACGUCCAUGAGCCUGAUGACCUUCCUGGCCACGGAGAGCAUCCACGGCCACAUGUUCCGGAUGAAGUGCAAGCAGGACGGCGAGGCCCUGGCGCCCAGGGCCGCCGCAGUGCAGGUCAGCCCGCCCAAGAAGCACCUGGUGGGCGGCGUGGCGCUGCUGCUCAUCUUCGCCAUCAUCUGGUGCCCGCUGUACGUGUUCACCAUCGGCAUGGCGGCCGGCACCGCCAACCCGCCGCACCACUUCGCCGUCACCAUCGAGGUGAUGGGCCACGCGCCGCUGUACCGCGGCGUCGUGCAGGGGGCGCAGAUCAACACGCUGACCCAGGAGCAGUGGGACGCCAUGAAGGCGCUGUACGUGGGCAACCGCCAGGCCACGGCCUUCCUGCAGAACUACGACAGCGACGACGUGGCAGUGCUGAACGUGCCGGCCAACUCGACCGCCGUGUGGGAGGCGUCGCCCGUCGACCAGGAGCAGUUCCGGCUGACCGCGACCAACACCAACGAGGAGCUCCGGUUCCUGGUGUCGUGGCUGGUGUCGCGAGACAGCAAGGAGCAGUCCCACACGGGCAAGAGCAAGGGCAUGCGCUUCUGGACGCUGCGCAGCGACGACAGCGCGAGCAGGCGGGCGCUCGUCCGCCUGCUGUCCUACGACGUCUCCACCCCGCUCCUGCUCACCUCCAUGCUGCCCAAGUUCCUGGAGGUCACCAACCAGGACACCGCCUACCCCGUGCAGUACCUCAUGCCCGGCGCGGAGAGCGAGGAGGACACGUACCGGGACCUGGAGCUGCGCCUGUACCUGGACGCCGCCACGCAGCAGGACUGGUGGGAGAUCAGGGAGCCCAACUGCAGCGACCCGCGGCCCACCCUGCUGCAGCAGCUGCCGGACUUCCGCUCCGACUGCUGGUUCCUGCCCGUCUACACCUUCAACGAGAAGAUGAUGCCCCUCUCGCUGUCCAAGCUCAUCUCCGACAAGGGGGUGAUCACACUGUACGUGACGUUCGUGUACGUGGUCGCGAUGGUCGUACGCACUAAGUUCAUCAGUACCGUCGACGCCGUCAUGUUCGAGGAGCUGCCCUACGUGGACCGCAUCAUGCAGCUGUGCGUCAGCAUGUACCUGGCGCGGGAGUUUGAGAACCUGGCGCUGGAGGAGUACCUGUACGCCCAGCUGGUGUUCCUGCUGCGCUCCCCGGAGACGCUCAUCCGGUACACGCGGCCCCCGGAGCCCGUGGCGUAGCCGGACGAGACUCGCCGCCGUUACUACUGCUGCGUACCUUUAGUUAGGUUAUCUUCAUCGUAACUUUUUUUUUUUUGCACUUUCAAACAGGAAAUUAUUCAGUUUCAAAGAAUGAACAAGUAUGCACGAUUUUUUUUUUUU